AUGCAGCCACAUAUUAAUCCUUCACCGGAUCAGGAAAGGAAGUCAGAAAAUAAGAGGAAAAAGGAAAAGGGGAAAAUAAAACCAAUUAAAAUUAAGGAAAGAAAAAGGAAAGAAGAGAGAAAGAACAUACUCACGCCCACCCCCACUGGCUGGGAUACCAGAGACCACUCUUCCGUAUCUAUCAAAAAACAAUGCCGUGUGCUCCCUACAGCAAAUGUUACUUCCUCCGUAUCGGGCAAGGGUGGUGUGACUGGAAGAAGCCAAAAGUUCCAACCGAUUAGUGUGUAUGGGGCGGGCCAUGACUACGCACUGCUCUUUGUAUUGGCCGCAUUUCGGAUUCGAAUCGUUUCCAAAGCGUUCAAACCCAUGUCGAAUAAAUUAAAACAACCGUUGGAUCGAACAUGUCGAUCGCCUGAUCUCUCAUUCAUGCAAGAGCUACUGCUGCUCGUGCCUCAAGCACCCGAGAUCCUCUUGAGAGCAUCCAAGGCCGGAGCUCAUGCCUAG